AGCUACCUGAGCGGGCCCAGCAACUAUCCUCUGAUAGGGGUGACCAUAGGCCAGCUGAUGGAGCAAGCCGCCCAACUGCACCCUGAUAAAAACGCCUUUGUAUUCACCCAUCAGAGAUUAAAAUUAACUUUUGAAAAACUUCUAGAAGAGAGUGACAAGUUGGCGGCAGGGCUGAUAAAGUUGGGUGCAAAAUACCAGGAUCGGGUGGGCAUAUGGGCCCCCAAUUGCAUCGAGUGGAUUCUCCUGCAGUAUGCCACGGCGAGGGCUGGGCUAAUUCUGGUCAAUAUAAACCCCGCAUAUCAAGCGCCUGAGUUAGAAUUUUGCUUAAAAAAGGUGGGUGUGAAGAUUUUGGUGAUGAUUGACAAGUACAAGGGCCAGGAUUAUUAUGAAACCCUACACGAAAUAUGCCACGAGAUGAACGAAUCGGCCACUAGUGUUGAAAGCAUUAAGUCGGUAGUGCUGUCUGUCUGUGUGUGUGUCUGUCUGUCUGUUUGUAUAUGCACGCUUCUAUUUUCUGACCUCUUGAGUAUGGCCAGUCGAGAGGAGAUUCGAGAAAUCGUCGACAUGCAAUCCAAACUUCAGUUCGACGAUCCAAUCAAUAUACAAUUUACUUCUGGUACGACAGGGUCGCCGAAGGGGGCCACACUAUCCCACCACAACAUCGUUAAUAACGCCCUCUCUCUAGGCUACCGACUAAAAUUUCACGAAAGGGUAUUUGAAACCAAGAUUUGCAUGCCAGUGCCUUUGUACCAUUGUUUCGGGAUGGUGAUGGGCAGCCUUCAGACCCUCUGCCACUCGGCCACCGUGGUCCUUCCCUCUUUCAGUUUCAACGCACGUGACACCAUUAAAGCCGUCCAAUCAGAAAAGUGCACGACGCUGUAUGGAACGCCAACGAUGUUUAUUGACUUUCUGAGCUUGCAAGAUUUAUCAUCAUACAAUCUUAAUUCUUUGGACACUGGAAUUAUGGCUGGAGCUGUAUGCCCGGUCGAAAUAAUGAAAAAGUGUGUGACACAGCUGCAUAUGAAGCACAUCGCUAAUUGCUACGGGACUACAGAGAACAGCCCAAUAACUUUUCAAUCAAUGUUUAAUGACUCCUUCACUAAGAGGACAACAACCGUCGGAAAAGUUCAUGAUCACGUGGAAGCCAAAAUCGUGGACGCCGAAGGAAACAUACUUCCGUUGGGUGAAUCCGGAGAGUUAUUGACCAGGGGGUACGUUGUGAUGAAGGGCUACUGGGGCGACCACGAGCAAACUGAAGCCACAAUGUCUGGCUCCUGGUAUAAAACAGGAGAUCUAGCGGUAUUCGACGAAGAAGGAUAUUGUACAAUUAUCGGCCGGAAGAAGGAUAUGAUCGUCAGAGGAGGGGAGAAUAUUUACCCGGCAGAGAUUGAACAGAUUGUCUACAAGCACCCCAAUGUAUUAGAUGUGCAGGUUAUUGGCGUCCCUGACGCGAGGCUAGGUGAGCAAGUAGCAGCAUGGAUCAUUUUGAAAGAAGAAGGAUUAACCACUGAGAAAGACAUCGUUGAGUUUUGCAGACAUAAGAUGGCAUAUUUCAAGAUACCCCACUACAUAACUUUCGUGAAGAACUACCCGCUUACGAUCACUGGCAAGGUUAAGAAGUACGUCAUGAGGAAGGAGGCGUUGAAACUCUAUGAUCUGGAACAUUUGGAGGAUUGA